AUGGGCGGCCUGCAGAUCGUCAGGGGCGGGAUGGUGGCCAGCGGAGACGUGCACGUGAUGGAUAGCCUCGUUGCCGCCCGCAUCGUAUCACGCCCACACACGCCCAUCCGCAUCCUCGCCGCCCACAACUUCUCCAUCUCGGCCAUGGAUGCUGAGGGGCGCGUCACGACCACCUUGUCCAUGAACACAGAGGCGAUGGAGUGCACGUCCGAUCGCCUUGUGAUCCGCGACAAAACCGGAAGACUUCUGUUCUCAGCCUCUCGCGACGAGGUGCUGGUGGGGGCCCCGCACCUCACUGUCACAGAUUUUCAAAAUGACAAAGUAAAUUGA